CGUAUUUCAGUCCAGUCUCUCCAACCUCGUGUAUUACUAGUUUUUCAAUGCCGUAGAAAGAUAGUUGCCCGCUGGCGCAACAACCUCAAGACAUCGCUCUGGUCGUAGAAUUUCGAGUCAUACAUUAUUGUCUAUCCUCAUCAUGGCUGAUGAACCUCGACGCUCCGGACGGGCCACAAAGGGCCAGCACAAGAACCUCGAUUUAACGCCGGAUGUUCCGACAAAGAAAUCAAAGGCCAAAUCUCAGUCUAAGGACAAACCUCCCAAACCCUCGGCCGAACCUACCCCGGCACCGAGCGAGGAGGAAGAAAUCAUCCGGUGCAUCUGUGGUGAAUAUGAGGAGGAGGAAGACGUGGAACGUGAUAUGAUAUGUUGUGACAAGUGUUCAGCAUGGCAGCACAAUGAUUGUAUGGGUCUCACUUUCGCGAAAGGAGAAGAGCCGGCGGAAUACUUCUGUGAACAAUGCAAACCCGAGAACCACAAAGUCCUUCUGGAUAAGAUCGCUCGUGGCGAGAAGCCUUGGGAGGAGGCUGCCAAGAUAAGACAACAACAGGCCGAAGAGAAGAAAGCACGGCGGAAGAAAGGCAAGAAAGGAGGCAAGAAGGCUCGCCCAAGCGAUGCAAAGUCUGAGGUGAGCGUUGAACUCCCGUCUGCCACAACGGCCACCCCGACUCCAGCUCCAGCCGCGACGCCCGUACAUGAUCAGAAGAAUGGAGCGACGUCCGAAACCCUUCAGAAUAGCGGCCAGAAGCGCAAGUUCGAAGAGAAUCAAGAAGCCACAGAACUUGAGGUGGAAUCAAAGUCCAAGCAACGACGGCUGUCGUCUCAGAGCAAACCGGAUGCAGAUCACAACGGGCGAGUGACACCAGGCCAUGGGCAAAAUCCGAAUACUGCUGCGAGCCCUCCGCAGCAAGCUCCAGUCGAAGAGAAGGCCGCACCAGGUACGGUCGGGACCCCUGAAGAGAUUGCGAACCCAGCUCGCAGGAGUGUUGCGAGCGCCCUAGUCAAGCUCUUUGUAGAUCAAAUUCCUGAAGCUCUGAAGCGUGGUUCUUUCCAGCUCCCAGCCGAGAAAUCAGCCGAGGAUGUUGGGCGGCAGCUCGGUCUUGCUAUCGAGAAUGCCAUGUAUCAGAAUAUUUGCGGGGGGUCAGGAGAACCGAGCGAGCCAUAUAAGUUACAACUACGGACGAUCCUGUUCAACGUAAAGAAGAAUCCUUCUCUGCGGGAUCGUCUGCUCGUAGGUAGUCUUUCCCCCGAGGCACUAUCAAAGAUGAGUUCACAGGAUAUGGCAAGUGAGGAGCUCCAGCAGAAAGAUGCUGAGAUCAAGAGGGAGGCUGAAAAGCAGCACAUCAUCGUACAAGAGCUAGGGCCACGGAUAAGACGCACCCACAAAGGGGAGGAAAUCAUCGAAGACGACAACCAGAACGUGGCAUCUGAGUCCAUCUUUUCAAAGGCUCCCACUCGUCCAGUCGACGAUUCCGAUGACAACCAGAGACAUAGCCCAGCUAGCCCUAAUGUACAACAUCAGCAUGGCUCUGCUCGUCUUCACCAUAUCAAUACAGGUGCCGGGGAUAAAGACAUUGACGGGGACCAGCACACCUGGCAGCCUGUUCGGUCACCUGGCGGUACCACUCAUGAUCAGGUCUUCCCCGAGGUGCCUGUGAACAUACGUGAGCCUGUUACCGGAGGAAGAGUGCAGGCAGAUGCAGAAAUCGACCAACUGCUCAAGGACGAGGAGGCGGAGUCUCCGCCUUACUCGCCGAAGGACUUCCAUGAUGACGGUCUGAUCUGGCGCGGGAGGGUUGUGAUGAAUCCUGUUGCUGAGUUUUCAGCGUCUGCAAAGCAUGUUGGAGGAGCAGACCUCAGUGGCAGGAUCCCAUGGAGCCAGCUUGCUCCGUCGACCCUCUUGAUCGAUGGUCGGAUAGAUAUCCAGCUUGCCAGCAAUUACCUCUGUGGUUUGAGGUUCAGUACGUCGACGGAUGUUACAGUUAUUUCGAUCUCUGCCCCUGAAUUUCCGGCAGAUCGUGCUGGGUUCGACAAACUCUUCAACUAUUUUGCGGACCGCAAAAGAUACGGUGUCAUCGGGAAACACCCACUCCCUUCAGUCAAAGAUACGUAUAUAGUGCCCAUCGAAGCCGGGUCAACGAAGAAGCCUGAGUUUAUCGAGCUCUUGGAGAACAAUACACUUGAAGAGCCUACUCUGGAGAGGAUGCUUCUAGUGGUCUUUGUGGUCAAGACAGGCGAUUCCAGCAACAAUACACCUUCAGCUCAGCCAGCUCAUUAUCGGCCGAGCCAGGAACCUCCCAUGAGUAUUGCAAGCCCUUUAACAUCUACGUCGGCCACGCCGCAACAGUCUCACACUGUGCCCGCUGCUGCUGUGCCAGGGUCUCAUAUCUCUCCACCUCCCCAGUCGGCGUAUGUGGGAAACAUGCCUGUUCAUAAUGUUCCAAUUGAUCCUGCUCAGCAGCAUUUGCAGCAGUCGUAUCUAGCUGCGCGAGAGCAGCGGUAUCAUCCUCCACAGCCUCACCACAUGCAGCUGACUGGUGCUCUUGCCGCGGCCCAGCUCCUUGGCCCUCAAGCAAAGGCUCCAGCGAUCGAGCAGCUGCUACAGAGAGCACCAAACGCUGACAUGUCACAGCUGAGUACUGUACGAGAUAUUCUCCUGAGGGUGCCAGCUGCUGCCAAUGACUACAAUCUGUUGACGCAAGAGCUUUACAAGGCUACGACUGGUGGACAGCUGCAGAGAGCAGGAUAACGCGGAUCCAUUCAUCUGGUCCUUUUGCGUGUAGCCCUGCGACUUCUGUUCACCCACUUCUUACACUAUGUUUCUGCUCUGGACCAUGAAUACCAACUGGUUUUGUGUUAUUUCUUUGCUUAUUUGAUUCUCAUAUUCUGUUAACGGGGGCAUUCUACUCCAUACCCAAAGCCUGGAUCUAUUUUCUUUCUUCAUGAAGCCCGGUCGUCCACUGAAUUCGGUAACU